AUGCUUGGGCAGUAUAAACUCAGAAAACUUGACAUCAAUCUUAACUGCAAAGGAACACAAAGAUCAAACAAAGGGUGGUCACCUUUGCAUCUGGCUGCAUAUUUUGGGCAUGCAGAAGUUGUUAAAUUGUUGUUGGAGGCGGGUGCUGAAGUAAAUGUCCAAAAUGAUAUGGGAGACACACCCCUUCAUCGAGCUGCCUAUACAGCAAGAGAAGACAUUGUGAUGUUAUUGUUGUCUCAUGGUGCUGAUAUUUCUAUAUUAAACACCGAAGGACACACUCCUAAAACUUUGGCUCCUUCACCAGUCAAACGAUUUCUUGAAGCCUCUGAGCGAUCAGAUUCCCAUCGUAUGACCAGUGAGUUUUUAUCAUCCUGUCUUCAUGGACAAAUUGAUAUUAUUAAAGAAAUUGUCAGACAACCAAAUGCUCCUGAUAUAAACAUUACUGAUAAAUUUGGGAACACUGCUCUUCAUAUGGCUGCCUUAAGAAAUCAAAAACAUAUUGCCAUUCUUUUGCUUCAGUUAGGAAUAGAUACUUCUCUGAAGAAUAAUAAUGGUCAGCGAGCAAUGGACUUAACCUCAUCUCCGCAGAUGAAGCAACUACUGAAUGUUCGACCUGUUCAAGAUAUUCCUAUUCAGUCGGGACGUCAAGAAGGUCCUAUUCUUAAGAAAUCAAGAUUUUUUGGCUUUAAACCAAUGUGGAUGGUCCUGGAAAAAGGUGUCCUUUCUUAUUUUAACAAUAGAGGUGAUGCCAGCACUGGAGCCAGACGAAAAGGUGUCAAGUAUCUUGAUCAUGCAACUGUUACAUCAUUGGAACAUGCACCAAUGCAGUUCAAGAUCAGCUUCUCGGAUGGCACAAGUCACACUUUAUGUAUUGACCCUUUGAAAGGAGACAUUGUGUUGAAACAGAAAUGGUUAGAUGCCCUUAAAGAACAUAUUGAUUACACAAACCAUUACAUGAAUCAAGGGAAUGUGAGCGAUGAAGAAAAAGAAGAUAAUAUAGGAAAUAUUCAAGACUCACUGAUGACUGCUCAUGCACAUCAAGAAGUUCUUGGUCAAUUAUUAACAUCUGUCACUUCUCAAUUAUCUGAUAUAAAUAAGGAAACUUCAUCUACCCAAACAGCUUCUUGGAUGUCUGUCCACCAAACUUUUCAUGAGAUUUUGGGGACAUCUAAAGAAAUGUACACUUCUCUAACUCACUGCAUAAAGCUAGUAAAAAAUCAAGAAAUGGUGUUUAAACUGCAGUUAGAAGAGGAAAAGGAAAAAUCUCGUGUAUUGGAGGAAGCUCUCCAUGCUUUAGCCACCGAACAUCAUGAAUUAGAACGCAGCAUCACAUCCAAUCAAUAUCGAUCAUGCUUCUAUGAUACUGAUGAUGAUGAAUUCUAUGAUUGUGACAAUGAUAACCAAAGCAUAGCCUCUGCUGGAGAUUAUAUGUCUGUGUUUGAGGGUUCAAUAGCAGGUAGUUAUGAGAACCUUCCCACUACACCGACUAAAGAUGACAGUGACUUACAACCCAGAUAUCUCACUAGUAAUGAAAUUCUCAAUCAGCUUUCUCUUCAAAGACUGGAUCUUACUUCAGAAUAUGUAUACAGGUGA